AUGAACAUACAAGAGGUUUGUGUCCAGAUAGUCCAGAUUCUGGAGAAUGUGUGGAGUGAGAAAACUUUAUUUGACUUCGCUGUGAAAGUUCAAGAUGAAACCAUCCAAUGUCAUCGUCUCAUCCUAGCGGCGUGUUCAGAAUUUUUCAAAGCGCUGUUCAGGUCUGGAAUGAAAGAAGUCACAGAAAACUGUGUUGUGCUAAAAGAUGUUUCAUGUGAAGUUUUCCGCUUAAUCAUCAGUACUAUGUACACAGGGACAAGUCUGUUAACCUUAGACAAUUUUAUUGAAGUGUGGCAAGCGGCACAUAUGCUACAAGUUAAAGUUAUGGUUAAUGUUUGUGAGGAGUUUGCUAUCAGAUCAUGUUCAUUGGACACCUGGGAAAACAUUUAUCUACAUGCAAAGCUUUUGGGUUCAGUAAAAGUGCUAGAUAAGCUCCAUACAUUCAUGUUGAAAAACUUUGAAGAAAUUAGACAUUCAACAACAUUUUUUCAACUUUCUUUCAAGGAAACGCAUGAUUUGAUUAAAAGCCAAGAUCUCGUUGUCAGCAAAGAAGAUUUAGUUCUUGAAUCUGUGAUACGAUGGGUUGAAUAUGUUGACGGAAAUCAGCUAAAUCAGAAUUCAAAUGAGGACCAUACAAUCAGCGGUAACAACGUAAAGACUAAUAUCAGUUUAUCCAGUGAUGAAGCAAAGGAAAUUAAAGAAAGUGAGGAUGGACUUCAUCGUAAUAAUUGCUUACAAAAUUCUAAUAAGUCGAAAGGUAGAGCAAUGCAUGAAGUACACACUGCUUAUUCAAUUGGUCCUGUAAAGUCUUCUAGAAAAGAUAAAUUUAGAGAACUGUUAAUGCAAGUCAGAACAUGCCUGGUUAGUCAUGCUGCCUUCUAUCGAGUUCUUAAGUUGAGACUGUUUUCUGAAAUGGAACAUUCGAGAGAAUUGAUUCUGGACGCCAUGUCAUAUCAUGUCCAAGAGUUUAGACACGGUCAGUGGUCUUCAGCUGCUAUACACAGAUCUUGUAGUGAGUACACAAAUGCUGGAAUUUAUGCUUAUGGUAGUAAUGGGAUUUUCGAAAUAAUAACCGAGUCAAUGGCUUCUGAAUAA